AUGCAAGACAAGCAAGAUACAGAACCAUCGCGUGAAGUGACAUUGGAGCCAGAUCAUGAAUUUCGCUUCGAAGUCGAGUUCAACAACAAGGUGCAAAUCAAGUUGGCCAAGGGUACAGCAGAGAUCUUUGGCACAGAGCUAGCUGUAGGCAUCACCUACACAUUUACAGGCAGAAAGGCAGCUGUCUACACAUGGCAUGGAUGUACAUUGGAAAUCAAGGGUACAUUUCUAGUGGAAUACACAGCCAACGAGACACCCAUGACAAGUUACUUGAACACACAUUUAGCGCUAGAGCAGCUACGACACAGAGCCAAGACAGAGCAUGAAUUAGGGCCUCGUGUGUUGGUAGUUGGACCUCACGACGUUGGAAAGACUUCACUGUGCAAAAUCUUGGUCAGUUACUCCUUAAAGCAAGGCGGCAAGCCCAUCUACGUCUCGCUGGAUACCACUGAAGGAUCUAUCACUAUGCCCGGCACAGUGACAGCAACGUGUAUCAGUAACAUCAUUGAUGUGGAGGAAGGGUUUGGAUCUUCAGCCACGACAGCGGCAUCGAUGGGCUCAUCCACCAUGCCCUUGGCUUAUUACUAUGGAUUCGAGGAUCCCAGCGAAAAUGUCAAACUGUACAAAAUGGUGUCCUCGUGUCUAUCGAACGCUAUCAAGAGUCGAAUGGCAGUGGAUGACGAGUGCCGCAACUCUGGAUUCAUUAUAGAUACAGCUGGAUUGAUCGAUCAAGUGGGUUAUGAUAUUAUUCAGCAUGUGAUUGAGGAGUUUUCAGUGAACGUGCUGAUUGUCCUGGGCCACGAAAGACUUUACAGCGACAUGAAUCGCAUGUUUAGCAAUAAAAAUGUAUCCGUUGUCAAAUUAUCCAAAUCUGGCGGUGUAGUGGAACGUGAUAGACAGUUCAAAACUCGACUUCAAAGAACCAAGAUCCACGAAUACUUUUACGGCACCCCCAAAUGUGAACUAUCUCCUUACAGCAUGCUGGUGAAUUAUGACGAUAUCAAGGUGUGGCGAGUGGGCGAUGUGAUCGCUCCCUCCAGUGCGUUGCCACUGGGCAUGGAGGGAUCUUCCAACGAGACGCAGGUGGUCAAAGUAGACAACUAUGACAUGUGCCUGCACUCGAUAUUGGCCAUCUUGAAUGCGGAUCAGGAUGAGCAUGAAAAUAGACUGUUGGAAAGCAAUGUCGCUGGUUUUGUCUAUGUGUCGGAUGUGGAUGACGAAAAGAGAAAGGUGACCAUACUGUCUCCCUCGCCAGGCAGAUUGCCAAAGAAGCAUAUCCUGAUGGGCUCAUUCAAAUGGAUGGAAUCUUGA